AUGUCGGAACGAGAAGCACAAUUGAUUCUAGCUAAAGCUGAUAAGAAAGCCACAACGUUUGGUUGGUUUGGGGGUAAUAAGUUUGAAGAAGCUGCAGAGUUGUAUAAUAAGGCGGCUAAUUCGUUUAAACUGGCAAAGCGCUGGAAAGAAGCUGGUGAUGCUUUUGUGAAAGCGGCGAACAUGCAAUUGCAAUUAAACGAACGUGAUGAGGCAGCAACAACCUUUAUCAAUGCUUCUAAAUGUUACAAAAAGUGCAGCUUUGAAGAUGCCAUAACCUCGCUAAAGCAAGCCAUCGAAAUCCUGACUGAUCGAGGACGGUUUCAAGCUGCUGCAGGUCAUCAGAAAGAUAUCGCACAGAUCUAUGAAUCGGAUCUAGUUGAUCUUGAAAAGGCAAUGCAUUCUUAUGAGAUUGCUGCAGAUUGGUAUGCUGGAGAAGAGUCAACAGCUCUUGCCAACAAUUGUUGGCUCAAGGUGGCCACAUUUGCUGCGACUCUAGAACAAUACGAUAAGGCCAUCGAGAAAUUCGAACAGGUGGCGAAUGCUAAUCUCGAUAAUAACCUAACAAAAUGGUCUUUGAAAGAUUAUUUUUUGAAGGCGGGACUAUGUCACAUUGCUAAUGGGGAUCACAUUGGUGCACAUAGAGCUAUUCAACGAUACUGUGAAAUGGAUGUGACAUUUAAUACUACACGAGAAUGUCAAUUUCUUCAGUCUAUACUUGAAGCAGUAGAGGGAGGUGAUGUUGAGAACUUUACCAAUAAAGUAUUAGAGUUUGACCAAUUAACCAAAUUGGAUAAUUGGAAGACCACCAUUCUGCUAAGGAUCAAGAAAAGUAUUCAGGAGGAACCAUCUUUCACAUAA